AUGAAUAGUGUGUAUGCUAGGCUCGCGCUUGAAACUAUUGCUGCAGCCCCAAUCCCGGGGUUGGCAGUGUGUGCAACUUUAGUUGCAACUAUCGUAGACAGUGCCAAGAGAGCAAAGCACAACAAGAAGCUCUGUAAAAUGUUAGCUGACGGUGCAGAGAGAGCACAUGAAAGAAUUAUCCGAGUCCAGCAAUCAAGAUUGAAUUCCAGAGCAAUAGAUUUGUACAAAGAAUCGUUGGAUGAUACAUCCCAACUGCUGGAAAAGUUACAGCAACCUGGCUUGCUUUAUAGUCUAUGGCGUGUGCUGAAUUCUGAUGAGAUCGAAUCCCAGUUUCGAGACAUUGGUAGUAAAAUGGAUUUGGCAGUGGCCGAAAUUACUCUUGAUUAUGUGGCAGACAUCUACGGAGCCGUCACCGAUCAGUCAAGACACACAAUCCAGCUUGCGGCAAUUACCGGCGGUGCGACACCCAGCGACAAUCUAUUGCGCGACAUAAUGAUUAACCCAGACGUGAUCUACGACCCGGUGGGCGAAGAUCCCGUAUUCAGAGGGGAUCAUAAAAAAGUACGAAAGCGAUUGUAUCAAGGCGGAACGGUUGCUGAAAUCAGGAUUGGCACUUAUUAUUCAUACAGUCAGGAAGCGAAAGAUUUCUUCCGCAAGCAAGUAAUAAUAAUGAAUCUCUUGCGUGAUAACGAUCAUAUUCUGAAAUUCUUCGGUAUCGAAGAACGUACCCAAUGCUUUUAUGUUAUAACUCAGUGGGCCGAAUUGGGAAAUCUCGAAGACUAUUUAAAAAGCAAUGAUUCAUCGGCAUUUUCCUGGCACGAGAAAUAUAGAAUAGCGCAUCAAGUUGCACACGCGCUUUUCUAUUGUCACGAAAGGGAAGUGCUUCAUGUUGAUGUGAGAAGUCCUAAUAUCCUCUUGGACGAAACUAUGACAGCAAAGCUUAGCAAUUUUGAAUAUUCUCGGAAGGAAGAUGGUGUCUCUGUACCUGCUAGGGAUCAAGCAAUUAGGAUAAGGUGGACUGCUCCCGAAAAGCUGUCUAAUCCUCAACAACGAUAUACGAGAAAGUGUGACGUCUACAGUUUCGGUAUAUUGUUAUGGGAAUUGGCAUCACACAAGUGGCCAUAUUAUGAAAUCAAGACUUAUAACGAUCUUUUAACGUACGUUCAAGGAGGCGGUCGUCCAACUAGAGUAGAAGAGACACCGCCAGAAUAUCAAGCUGUAAUGGAAAAGUGCUGGGAUCCAACGCCAUCGUCGCGACCGAGAAUGCAAGACGCCUGCAGAAUGCUCUACAAUCUUUAUGAUAAUUUUCGGAAGAGACAAAGUAUUGCUCGAAGAGGUUUUUCAACAUCGAUACAAACGGAAAGACAUCUCCAAGAAGCAGAGAAGAAUGAUGAUAACGUUGACAGAUCUGAAGAGUUGGAAGAGUACGAAAUCAUCCCAGAAGAACUACCUGCUCUCGAUGUUGCACUUAAUUUCCAUGAAAUGAACGAGUAUGCCAAGGCCUAUCCCAUUUUCAGAGGACACGCGCUCCAAGGUAGCGCAGUAGCCCAUUACUACUUGGGUAUGUACCUUAUGACCAACCAUCCAGGUCUUCCCAAUAUUCAACCGGUACAAUGUAUGAAUCAUUUUCGUGCGGCUGCCGAGAAAGGUCACCAUGAGGCACAGUAUGAGUUUGGUAAAAUUCUAAUAAGCAUCGGACAGGAAGAGGCCGGAAUUCAGUAUCUCAGAAACGCUGCAAUUGCCGGCAAUAUGAAUGCGCAGAAUUACUUGGCGGCUAAAGCUAGUGGCUGA